GUGACCCGCCAUAAAAUGAAGAUGAAGAAGAAGAACGUAAAGCGUGCUGACUGUCGUGAAAGCACAUCGAAGGAGAAAGAAGUGAGCAAGAUGCUAAUAAACGUCGAUGAAGAACAUCUUCCUCAUGAGCAGGAGGAAGAACCACAUUCCUCCCACAUACAUGAGGAAGAAGAGGUACUACAUUCCAAACAAAUUAAAGAGGGAGGGGAUGAGCCGCAGUCCCCCAAAGUUAAAGAGGAAGACGAGACGCCACGGACCCAUAAUGAUGAAGUGACCCUUCACAUUAAAGGGCAGGCGGAAGACCCACUGCUCUUACACAUCAAAAAUGAAGAGGAGGACCCACUGACCCCUCACUUUAAGGAGAACGAGGCGGAACAAGAGCCGCACAUUAAAGAGGAAGAGGAGGAACACAGCAUCAGUCAGCCUAAAUGGUUGGAGGAGUUCCCAGUGAUGAGAGUCAUUGUGAAGAGUGAAGGUGAUGAGGUCAAAGGUGAAAGUGAGGCGAGGGUAGGGGGGGAGCCUCCAAGCAGCAGCUCAACACAACACAUGACAACAGAAGCUGAUGGAGACCACUGUGGAGGAUCACAAGCAGACAAGCUCUUAGCUCCACUAUCAGAUAGUGAGGACACAACCUCACACUCUCCAGACACUGAUGAUGAAGACUCUAAAGAUGAUAAGACAUGUCACACUGACAACACUCGCUUUAAAUGUUCUCUAUGCGACAAAACGUUUAAUGACCGUAGUAAUUGUAGAAGACACAUUAGAAGUCACACUGGAGAAAAACCUUUUACCUGCUCAGUAUGUGGUAAAGGUUUUACAAAAAGUCACAAUUUGAAAGUGCACAUGAGAACACACACUGGUGAAAAACCUUUUUCCUGUUCAACCUGUGGUAAAGGUUUUACACAAAGUCAGAGUUUGAAAGAACACAUGACAAUACACAGUGGAGAGAAAACUUUUUCCUGUUCAAUUUGUGGUAAAGAUUUUGUACAUCGACAGUCUGUAAAAGUACAUAUGAGAACGCACACCGGUGUUAAACCUUUUUCCUGUUCAACCUGUGGUAAAGGUUUUACACAAAGUCAAUAUUUGAAAGUACACAUGAGAACGCACACUGGCGAAAAACCGUUUUCCUGCUCAACCUGUGGUAAAGGUUUUACAGAAAGUCAACAUUUGAAAAGACACACUAGAACACACACUGGUGAAAAAUCACAUUCAUGUUCAAUCUGCAAUAGAAGCUUCUGUGAACGACCAAACCUUGUAAGACACAUGAGAACACACCCAGGUGAGAAAGUGUUGAGUUGCAGUGUGUGUGGUGAAAGAUUGUCUUCUAAGUACAAGUGUACGAAACACAAGUGUGCUGGUGAGAACAGCAGCAGCAAAUAAAAAUGCAGGAUUUGAAAUAAACUGUCAAAACUUUAAUUUUGACUUUGUAACAACAUCAACACAUAACACAUUUGUGACAAUGUUGUUUGUGUAACAAUCUUUUUUAUAUGCUUCCACAUAGAGCUGGGCGAUAUUGCCUUUUUUAAAUUUUGCGAUAUUUUUAGGCCAUAUCACGAUAUGAUAUAUAUUACGAUAUUUUGCCUUGAACUUGAAUGAACACUUGAUACAUAUAAUCAGAGCAGUAUGAUGAUUUCUAUGUGUCUACAUUAAAACAUUAUUCUUCAUACUGCAUUCAUAUACAGUUGUGAUCAAAACUAUUCAACCCCCACACAAUUUUGGUGUUUUAGCAAGUUGUACAUUUAUUCUGUAUUUCGUUUAUAGUCAUAUCAAAUAAAGAUGCAUUAAAUAGACAAAUGCAACUUGAAUUACAACAUUAUAUUUUGUAACAUACCAAAUUUAAUAUCUCUUUGACAAAAUUAUUCAACCCCUUGAAGAUCAUAACUCUUGAGAACAGAAUUUGAAUAAGGUCUUUUCAAUCAGGUGUUGAAAACACCUGUAGAUGUGAUUAGAACCAUAACGAGCAACAAUUAAACUGAUUGAAAAAGACUGUGACGCUCAGCUUCUUUUAGAUGGUCAAUGGUGUAUUUGCAACAUGGUGAAGUCCAGGGAGUGGUCAAAGAAGUCAAGAAAGGAGGUACUUUCUCUUUAUAAGAAAGGAUAUGGAUGUAAGAAAAUAGCAAAGACAUUACACAUUCCAAGAGACACAGUUGGGAGCAUAAUUCGCAAGUUUAAAGCUAAAGGCACAGUGGAAACACUACCUGGGCGUGGUAGAAAGAGGAUGCUGUGUGCGUACAGUGGUGAAAAACCCCCGGGUAACAGCUGAGAACUACAACGGGACAUUGCAGAGGGGGGAACGCAGGUUUCGUCCCAGACAAUAAGGUGCGCACUACGAGAUGAAGGCCUCCAUGCCAGAACUCCCAGGCGCACCCCACUUCUGACUUCCAGGCACAAGGAAAAUAGACUUCAGUAUGCCAAAAAUCAUCUGGACAAACCCCAAAGGUUUUGGGAAACUGUUCUAUGUAGUGAUGAGACAAAAGUGGAACUCUUUGGGCCUAUGAAUCAACGUUAUGUCUGGAGGAGAAAAAAUGAAGCUUACAAAGAGAAGAACACCUUUCCUACUGUUAAGCAUGGUGGGGGGGUCAAUCAUGCUCUGGGGCUGUUUCUCUGCCUCAGGUACCGGGAAUCUCCAGCGCGUUCAAGACAUUAUGAAUUCUAUUUCCUAGCAGGAUAUAUUAGCUGCAAAUGUCAUGAAGUCAGUGAGGAAGAUGAGGCUUGGGAGACGUUGGACCUUCCAACAGGACAAGGAUCCCAAGCAUACCUCCAAAUCAACAUCAGAGUGGUUGCAGAAGAAGGGCUGGAAGACUCUGGAGUGGCCUUCACAGUCGCCAGACCUGUAGAUGCUUGCAAGAAGCUUGUGUCUGCUUAUGUAUCACCUUUGAAGGAUGUCAUUACUGCCAAAGGCUGUUCUACUAAGUACUAAAGAUGCAUGGAACUAGGGGGUUGAAUCAUUUUGUCAAUGAGAUAUUAAGAAAAAUGUCCUUUUUUGGUAUUUUGUAAAAUACAGUGUUACAAUUUAGGUUGCAUUUGUCUAUUUGACACAUCUUUAUUUGAUAUGACCA